AUGGCAGGUGCAGAUGAUGAUGAAGAUUGGGAUUCCGAUUUCGGAAUCGAACCAAACAUCAAUAAUUCAUUACAGAGAAAACUGACGAUUGGACAUCUCUCAAAGAAGAAGUCAUCGCACCAGUUGGUAGCAGGAAGUCCUUCAAACUCAUCGAAUUCACUAAAUAGUAAUAGUAAUAACAAUAACAAUGGCAACAACAACAACAAUAAUAAUAAUAAUAACAGCAGCAACACACCUAGUGUCGGCGGUGCCAAUACACCACCGAUGUUCAACGGUGGUAAUAGCGAUUUCAGUGGGUUCGACGACGAUGACGACGAUGACGACUGGGCAAAAACAUCGUCACCCUCGAAAUCGAUCCUUGAAAAUCGUAAGGCAGAGGAAGACGAAGAUGAAGAUUGGGAUUCUGAUUUCGGUAUUUCAAGUGGUGCAGGUGGUGGUGGUGUAGGUCCAUUAGCUGGUUUAUUAAAUGGAAAUAAUAACAACAAUAACAAUAACAACAACAACAAUAAUAGUAGCAAUAUGAGUAGUAGUUUAACAGCAAGUCCAACAAGUGGUGGUGGUGGUGGAGCUCCACAAAUGAAGAUUUUAGGUAUUAGAGCGGAUCCUACUACCAAAGCAGAGUGGGACGACGAUUUUCUUUUCAACGAUAGUUCAGAGUCAGAAUCAACAAACAACAAAUCAUUACUUACACCAGCAGGAAAUAUAUUAACAAGAGCAAGAUCUGGUCCAUCCGUAUUAGUUAGCGAUGCCAAACUUUCAAAUUCAAUACAUGAGUUAUUCCAACUUUUAAAUUUUGGAAAUGAUGUAGAUUUAAGUGAUAAACAAAUUGUAGAAUCAAAAACACCACCAAUCAAUAGUUUAAAGAUAUGUUCAGAAAAUAGACAAUCAAUUGCAAUUGAUAGAGAAUGCAAGUUUGAAGGAAUCAAAGUUGGAGUUGUCGAAAAAGUAUUACGAGUUGGGUAUGAUCUAUCAGCAGAAUCAACAGACACUGAAUGCUUCGAAUCACUUCACAACGGCAAACAAGAUACUGCAAGAGUACAAAGACGAUUUCGAUACACCGAUCGACGAGAACAACGAUGA